AUGGAUGAGUCUGAUGUUCCUCCGCCCGCCGCCGCGCCGACGAGAUCGGUGCAGCAGCCGAAGCCGCAGGCUCUCCCACCACGCGCCGGCCCCAGCUCCAUCCUCGUCUCGCCGCGACAGAAGGGCAACCCCAUCCUCAACAGCGUGCGUGCCGUGGCCUGGGAGUACUCAGACAUCCCGGCCGACUACGUCCUAGGUGCCACAACCUGUGCUCUAUUUCUGUCCUUGAAGUAUCACCGCUUGCAUCCCGAGUAUGUCUACAACCGCAUUCGCGACCUCAAAGGCCAGUAUCAGCUGCGCAUCCUUCUCGUCAUGGUCGACAUCGAUAAUCACGAAGAGUCCCUUCGCGAACUGUCCAAAACCUCUUUGGUGAACAAUGUUACUGUCAUCUUGGCUUGGAGUGCACAGGAGGCAGGGCGCUAUCUGGAACUGUUCAAGACAUUUGAACACGCUGCUCCGACUACCAUCAAAACCCAGCAAUCCACCAAAUACGCAGACACUCUGGUGGACUUCAUUACGGUGCCACGCAGCGUUAAUAAAACGGAUGCUGUUGGUCUCGUGUCGAAUUUCGGAAGCAUUCGUACGGCCGUGAAUGCUACACCGGAAGAGAUUGGGUUGAUUGCUGGGUGGGGAGAGAAAAAGGUGCAACGUUGGUGCAAUGCCGUGAGGGAGCCAUUCCGCCUCCAGAAGGCAGCGAAAAGAGGGCAAACGAGUGCAUCUCAGCAUGUAGUUGCUGAAGGUGACAUUGCCUUUUCCGGCGGGUUGUUGCAAGAAUCAGUGCACAGGAUGGACGAUGCAACACACAUGACCGAUGUAUCAAACAUCACGGCACCUAUUUCUGAUGUGGGAGAUGCGGGAUCAGCCAGUGGCGAGGGCAAGAUGGAUAGCCCUACGAUGGCCAAGAGAACAGUUGCAACCGUGACUCCAAACACUGUAGAAGAAGCACCACACGAGGUCCCGAAGGAGGGCUCGAGCAAGCGGAAUAACGAUGACGAAGACAUGAGUGCUGGCAUCAUGGCGGCAUUGGCUAAGCUCCGGAAGCAAUGAAGUUUUCAACAAUUAAUAAAGUACCUCGACUAAUUUUCUCGCCCCCCCCCCUCCAGCCCUGAAACUCUUUUGGUGUAUAUACCGCACCCUUUACAUUGAUAAAUGACUGGCAUUGGGAUGCAGCAAAUACCAAUUGAUGACGUGCUCUCGGGAAAAGUGCAAACGACACACGAGCCCGAGGCUUUCGGACAGCAUCUGAAGACCAAGGGCGCCGGAAGGCAGUUGAGUACGGGGACAGAUUCGGAGAAUGUUCGCGGAUUGUAGAGGCACUGUAGUCUGCAGUAGAUAGAUACAUGUGUAUGUAGCUGAUGGCAUGGCAGGUGGGGUGGAUAUCGUCGGCCAGACAUGGGUAAUGCCACGGCGCUAACGGCGAUUAAGGUUAUCCUACAUCAACACCAAAGCUCGAGCUAGUGUACAACGGGAUGCGGUGCGUCUGCGACUGCCGUUUCGAUCAGCCGCCAUCCAUCCCCGCUCGACACACGCACGCUGACGGCAUCACAAACCGGACACCAUGAACGUGCUGCUAUGCAAGGGCGCCAUCCUGCAUCGUCUCCCUUAGCUUCAUCGAC